ACGUGUGUGUGUGUCGCUCGCAUCACACGUUCACAACAACGGCGGCGGCGGUGACUCGAUGCUUACAAACGCCACCUCUCGAUUUAAUGCGCGUGGGGUUUGGUCAGUCGGUGUCCGUCGCUGCGUACCUCUGGGCGACGCGAGCCCCCCCCUACUGUGGGCCGGAACGCGCCUUUUUGUUCGUCGCCCGGCUUGCUUCACACUGUGGAGGCAGAGUUGAUUCGGAGCUUCCUGCUCACAUCGUCUUCGCCACUAGGCUCUCUUUAAAACAAACAAACCCUAAAGCACGCCUAGUGGAUCGCCAACAUCGUUCCGUCUCAUUCUGACCACUUCACCUAUAAAACGAUGCAAAAGACGCACGUUUAACUCCGAUUAGACGCGUUGUCGGGAGAGUCGAUUGUUUUUCUCAAUUGUGUUGCGGCCAUAAUUAGUGCUAACAUUAAGAAUAAAGCCUGCCCGAAGGUGCACAGUUGUCUGGACUUAUCGCGGCCGAGCUGAUCUCGUCUCGUGGCCAGGCAAUGGGGGCCGAUCAAAGCACCGCCGAGGGGGGCAAGGAGGGCAGCCUUGAGGCAGCGAGUCAUCCCGCCCAGGCGCUGUCGGGUGCUCGUCCAAAGGAGAGGGCCACCAUGGAGGACAUUGUGGUGGUGGCACCGGGCGUUCAGACCUCCCCCCGUGACCCCUGGAGUGACCCCGAGCUCCUCAAGCUCCAGGAGAUUCCACGCUUCUUUCCUCUGCUGCGGGGUCUUGGACCUGGCGAGGCGGUGGCCGGAGGGGCAGCGGGUGUGCGUCUGGAGCGCAUGGACUCGCGCCGCGUGCUGCAAUUGUGUCUGCGCUACCAGGAGCACCUCCAGCAGUGUGCCGAGGCGGUCGCCUUUGACCAGAACAUGCUCACGCAGCGCAUAAAGGAGGUGGAAGGGGAGGUCAGCACUCUCUACGCCUCCAUGCAGGAGAGACAGAAGCGCUUUGCACGUUACGCCGAGCAGGUUAAAAAAGUGGGAGAGAUCUCUGCGCUCCUGCGGAAGAUCCAGAUGGGCGUGGACCAGACGCUACCACUGAUGGAGCGGCUCAAUGUGCUGCUCCCCGAGUCCGAGCGCUUGGAGCCCUUCUCUUUGCAGCCCACACCCCCCAGGGCCACACCUCCCCCUGAUGCUGCCAGCAGCACAUUAAACUAGGCCCGCUUCCACCCCCCCCACCCACCUCCGUCACAGUAUCUCGCUUGUUUCAUAAGUACGCAGUGCGCAUGCCUACCCGGCCGUCUCGCCACGCUCUGGCUUGUCCACUCUGCCGAUCCCCAACGGGUCUCUGUCCCCUGCUGCCGCGUGUCUACAAAACGUGCAUUUAGAGUCAUUUGGCCGCCAUAAAUGUACACAUGAUGAUAAGCCACUUUGUUGAGCUAUCAUUUGUGGCCAGGUCGCUUCAGAAAAAAAGAGCUAUAUGGCUCAGUGGGCCUUACCUGGUGACAUAAAAAAUAGUUUAUAAAAAUAGUUUGGUUUUAGUUUUACCGUCAUGUGACAAACAUCGAACUUUUCUGGCAUGUCUUUGCACAUACUCUUUGGUUUUUCGGUAAAGUCGCGUAGGUAACAUAAAAUGAAAACAACUAAAUUAAAUCACGACGUUUCGGAGGCAACACAAGCUUCCGUCUUCAGGUGGAACAGUCACAGCAGAAUGCACGGAUCGGAGGGACGCGAGACACCGGCACACUAAAUUAAUGUGCCAAGGUGCAAAGACAUUAAUUCUAGAUUUGAAGCUUCCGUGACUGCAAGGAUUCAUACUCUUUGGUUUUUCGGUAAAGUCACGUGGUUAACAUAAAAUGAAAACAACUAAAUUAAAUCACGACGUUUCGGAGGCAACACAAGCUUCCGUCUUCAGGUGGAACAGUCACAGCAGAAUGCACGGAUCGGAGGGACGCGAGACACCGGCACACUAAAUUAAUGUGCCGAGGUGCAAAGACAUUAAUUCUAGAUUUGAAGCUUCCGUGACUGCAAGGAUUCAUACUCUUUGGUUUUUCGGUAAAGUCACGUGGGUAACAUAAAAUGAAAACAACUAAAUGAAAUCACGACGUUUUGGAGGCAACACAAGCUUCCGUGUGCCGGUGUCUCGCGUCCUUCCGAUCCGUACUUUGACACCUCCUCACAUAGUCACACUUCACUGAAGGUGGGAGGGGAAUGGGUGUUCAGAAUAGUAAUUUAUUGGUAUUUUUUGUGUACUUAAUGGACGUCAUUUGGAUGUCCGUGGCUGGCACCUGCAGGUGCUUGCGAUUUUGACAGCAAAGCUCCCAAGCUACGUCAGUAUAUUUUUGAAUGGCGGCUGGGGAGGUCUGGGCUCGACUCUUUGAGUCCAAGGGUUGCGUUGUGCAUCGCGGCCCCCGCUGAUAAUGAACCGCCCAGCUGCUUUAUCAGCGGCCGUGCGUGCGCCUGCUUUGCUUGCUGACGCCGGAGAUCCUCUUACUCUGAAACAGUGGGGCCUUUGUGUGAUCACGUAUAUGGUCCAGAUUAUCUAAAUACGUAAUUCAAUCAGCCCUCCAUACUGUACGUAUAUGCUUUGGGUUUUGUUGCUGAGCCGCACUGCUGAUUAUUCACGUGCAGCAUUGCAAUUGACAUAAAACGUUAACUUCGACCUUUCAGAAUUGGUUUACGAGUAGAAAUCGUAUUGAAAGAGCCAGUGGUUUUAUAAAAUUACCUUAAAAAAAAUCUAGCCCGCACUGUUCAUCGAGAACAUUAUAAAUGAAUAAUAUUUCAAAAAAAACAUCAGUUCGCUUUGUCUAGCGUCUUUAGAAAUGUAUUUUAGAUGCUGUAUAAGUUCAAAUGAUCUUUUGCAGGCAAUCAAAACGUAAAGCAGAAGCCAGUCACUCGCUCCGAUUCCUAAUUAUUCCAGGAAAAGCUCACUCAAGUCUGUGUGAGCUCACUUUGUUACUUUCGAUCCAAUUGAAAACCACUCCUAUACGUGUUUGCUGACAUUUCGGAUUGUUCCGUGGAAUGCGCGGCAUGAGAAUACUGAAAGUAAAGACGCACUUGCCUUGGUGGAUUGAGAGAAUAGUGUAAAGUAGAGAUUAAUGAUUGGGCAAUUACACAGUGGCCUACAAGAUAGCAUCUCUUGCUUGGCUAAGUAGGCAGGACAACCAGAGCGUUUAAUGACUGUGGAGCCCCUUGGUUUUCUCCACAAAGGGCUGGCAUUGGUCGUGCUUUGCAUGCGUGACGAGCCUUUGACGUUUACUUGGUAAACACGUGGAAUUAGCCCGAUGGUUCAUUGAUGUUGGCAACUUAUGAGGGCCGUUGAUAUCUUCAUUUACGUUGCUGAUCGUAUCGGGUUUAUUGACGAGUUAAUCCGGUAGCUUUUUUGACGGACAUCCCGUUGCGUUUGCGAAUUAUGCGCACGAAGAACAGUGAGCACGAGUCUUUUGCCUCCCAGUCUCUUCCUUAUGUUACCAAAGGUGGUGUGAAUCUCCUGGGAUGAUCAGCUGGAAAAGAACAUGUUUCCACGUGGGCUUUUUUCACUGCCAGUGUUAGUAAUGAGCCGAGUGAGACCACACAGUUCAGCCGGUCUGUAGUGGAGCAGGUGCGGGGUCUUGGAAUGUCACAUUUGUAAAAAAAGAAAGGCUGGUUUCUCUCUCUCUAUGAGCUGAGAUUCACAGUCCUGUUAAAGACGCAGGACCAGUUCUACAUCAGCGAACGGUGUCAUUCUAUUCCCUGCAGUUACUUUAGCCGUGUUUUGUUAAGUUUCUUCGUUAAAGCUACAGUCAGCUAUACAGAGGACACUUGAAUAAGAAAAGUUGCAUUCUGACUUGGCUUUUUUUUUCCUGCAGGUAGGUGAGAAAAUUUGGAUAAGUGUGUGCUUGCAAAAUUGUACAAUGACUUCAACAGAACGAUUUCGCGCACCCUUAGAGUAAGAAACACAGGCCGUGUCUGUAAAUGGCAGAUUGUUGUGUAAUAAUGUAAAACUGAAAUAAAAUGAGAAUCCAUUCGAUGGAGUUCUGCACAGACAAUCCUAUCCACAUUUGAAAAGCCGAUUUCCACCUUGUUUUUUUUAACGCUUUGUGACGACUAAAUAAAUGCCGUCUGAUUUAUAGGCUCUAUUAAAUCACAAAAUACGUCAAAUGUUACCUUUGUAAUAGUUGCUGGGAGCCACGCGAUUGAUUGUUUUUUUGCGUGCACCAAUAAGCGAGAGGGGAGGCAUUAUUGUCUGUGUCCAGUCUAAGGGCUGGGUCGUUUCUUUGUUGAGCAAGUAACUCGGCGAUUUCAAUAGGUGGAAGUGCCUGUGCGUAAGUCACCCAGCUCCGUCGUCGCUGGAUACAUAACUCGAGGGCUUUCACAUUUGCUCCCCCAUCGGCCGCACCUUGCUCAUGCCGUUUGUUUCAGUUCACUUGUUCUACCACAUUUUACAAUCGACGUCUUGGCCUGAAGCAAUCGCAUCAACAUCCUUUUCGUUAUCAGUUCCUGAGAAAAAGGCGAUCUUACGCAAUUUUUGGUUGUCGUUGUUGAGGGAGGAGAUAGUAGUUUAGCGGUAACGUUAUCAGAGCAUUCCUCCGUGGAUUGGCUGUACCCUUAUCUCUGGACUGACUUUUGUAAACAAAGCCCUUCCCUGCUGGAAGUUGUUUACCAAUACCACCUGGACGACAGGUAACACACGCACAAUAUAAACCCACAUUGGUCAGCUUGUAGGGGCUGAUCUAUUGAAAAUGUUAGGGUGCAUUAGUUUAUGGAGGUAACGUUUGUAGCAGGUGCUACGUACCUGGCGAUAUGAAAAAUUGUCACGAUUUGUGGUACCAAUUUUUUUAAAAUCGAUUAUUUUUUGUCUUUUCUUUAUAUUUUUCAUGUUUUUUUUUUCUCAUUUGGAAAAUCUGCUUUACUCCGUUAGCCUAAAUGCAUUUUAAGAGUAUAAUUUUCUCAUGAUUUGCGUGAAUAGUACAUUCACACGCAUGAUUCGAUGCAUGUACAGUACUGUAAGCAUAAGAGUUGACUUUGGUGGAUUAAAUCAUUGUUGCACAAGCACAAACAUUCUCUGCAAAUAAGGGCCAUCAUCUGUAACGUAAUCUAUUAUAUAAAUGUUUACUUUGGGCAGUUGUUUUGACAAAUGUGUUGAAUUUUUUUGUUUAAAAUAUAAAUUCUAUAGAUCGUUACACAUUCCUACUGCCGACUCAGCAGGCACGAUUGUCUGAAAGUAGAAGUACAGGUGAGCUCAUUGAAUACGUGGCUUACGGUCAUCUCGGGCAAAAAAAGUUUUCAAUUGUGAUAAUUCUAGAUUUAAAGCUUUCGUGACUGCUAGGAUCCAUACUCUUUGGUUCUAUUGGGUAAAGCCACGUAGGUAAAAAAUAAGAUAAACAUUUUUAUGUUUUACCUACGUGACUUUACCCAAUAGAACCAAUUGUGAUAAUUUUACGCGACUUUUUCCUACAAGGGGAACAGCAUGGAGGCGACUGACAUGCAGCCCUUGACGAGGUCAUUCUGAAAGUUCAACGGACACUGAUUCUAUUGAAAUAUUAAAUAAGCGAUAAAACGUCUGGGAAAUUAAAAAUGUUACAAUUUGCA